UACUGCUAGGUGGACAGGGGCAUGAAGUGAAAGGAAACGUGCUCAACCAUUUCUGUGCCGCUCAGGAUUCAAACCCGGAAUUCUUGAUUGUGUGUCGAGAACGAACCUGACUGUAGUGUACUACUGGAACCCCCUAAAAAUGCAGCAUCAUGAAAUGGUUGAGGCAAUGAAUGGUCACGCUAAGGAUGAGGGAAAUGGGGGUGGGACUGGAGAUGAUGAUAACAUUUGCCGAGACUUCUUACGCAAUGUUUGUCGUCGUGGGAAACGGUGCAAGUUUCGUCAUCCCGAUGAUGGUGAUCAAGGCCCUCAAGGAUUAACUCAAGUUAAGGCUGAUUUGACAUUUUGCCAUGAUUACCAGAAUGGACAUUGUUCGCGUCCAAUGUGUAGAUUUAUUCAUUGCACAUGUGAGGAUGAGGACUACUACUUACGCACGGGAGACAUUCCUCCACAUGUCCUGGACCAGGCUAUUCGCAAGGGGCAGCUUGGAGAUGUUACACUUAAUGGUGAUGUUCCCAUUUGUAAGGAUUACCUAAUGGGAGAAUGUUCAAGAAGAAGAGGUGGCAAGUGCAAAUUUCGGCAUCUCACCCAGAGGGAAUACGAGCAAGAGAUUUAUGGAACCAGCCACAGGGAUAUUGAUCAAGGCACCAACCAUUAUGAACAUUCAGUCAACCCUGACCUGCUUGGAAACUUAGGUCCGCCAGAUCCCAAACGACACAGGCUGGAACCCAAGCUGCUGCCUAUAGAUUUUCAAAGAGAAGGAGAGUUUAUUAUUCCCAUUGAAGAGAUUGGAAGGGACAUUCUUGGAAGAGAAAUCAGUUUGAGAGAAUUUCGAGAACGUGAACGGGAUAAGGAACUAGAUAGGAGGGGAUUGGAAGAAAUUCUGUUGUUGAGGAAGCAAAUGGAUAAUCUGAAGAAGGAAAAUGCAUCACUCAAAAAAGAAGUAUCAGACCUAAGAGCAACCAAUGAGUUUCUCCUGGAUCAGGUGACAUCCUUACGCCUGAGCAAGGCGAGUGGUAGUAUGACGGCAGUUACCGUUCCAGCUGUAAGUUUAGCGUCCACUAUUCCUGUGGCAACCAGUGUCCAGCCUCUCACUGCUGCACGGCUAUCUCAGCCAAUGCCCAUAACCUCUGAUGGCUCUGUAGUGGCAUUACCGCCAGGCCCACCUCGGCCUCCUCCUCCCCCGCAAGCUCCACAGCAGGCACCUCCUCAGUCAAUGGCUCCCCCGUCACAACCAGUGGGAGUGGCACCCCCUGGUCCAGCAGUUGUAGGCUCAGUAGGUGGUGUUCAGGUCUCUCUUGCGCAGGUGUCCACUGUGUCUCUUAAUCCGCAGAUUGCUCCAGCCACUUCCAUGACCCCUUCCAUGGCUCCACCAUCUGCUCAGAGCAUGGCACAAGCAAUAUCAAUGAGUGGAGCUACUGGCCACUUGGUGUCAUAUCCCAUUAUGACACAGCCAGGGCUUAGACCUCAGCUCCAAUGAAGCCAGGCCAGCCGUGGCCCUGUCACGGUGUCGUCAACAGUUGUGUCAUCAAAUAUUGUUCCAGUUUCUGAUGUAGCAACACAUAUCCUUCCUUCAACAUAUGUUACCAUUUGGGGUCAUCCUGGUCAGCAGGGAUCAAUAUAAAUUCACAAAUUUAGCAACUAGUGGUGAAUCAUUCUAAUUUGAUAUUGACCCUUAUGCAGUUGUAUGCACAUUAUCUGUGCUUGCAUAUAACUAGCAUAUAUCAGAAUAAAGCAUUCUGAAAUUGUACACAGCCUCUAUUUACAGUAAAUUUGAUGUUCAGUAAUCAUUCACUAGACAAUUUGGACUCUUCCCAGACUACUAUUGAGUUAUUGGAAACAAAUUUGGAGUAUUCCAAAAUUAAUUUUGACGUUUAUUUAAUCAAAAUAUUUGUCCAUAUUAUGUUAUUUUUGUAUUAUUAGAGUGACGUAGAAGUUAAUGUUGCAUUCAUAUUUACAUGGAAAAUGAAAUACAGUACAUUACUGUAAUGAUAUUGCAUAGUUUGUAAUUGGAAAGGCAGGUUAAUAUUGGCAUACUUUUUAUUGUACAUUUUCUGAAAUUAUUUGUAAAGUUGGAAGUAUAAUCAUUGAUCGUAAUAUUUUUGUCUACCAAAUUAUUAAUCUCUGUAUCGUUAGGUAUCUCCAGUGGGGAUAAUGUUUGUUUUAUCUUGUUUCUGUUUUGUAUUUGUUUUUCUGGCAGUUUUCUGCUCAAUACAGUGUUUUGGGAGCACCUAAUUGUUUUGACCUGAGACUUAAAAUGCUAUAGUUUGAACAAGAAUAUAUUGCUCCUAUUGAAAGUAAGCAUUUUAGAUAGCAAUUUUUUUAAUGUCUUGAGAAAACCCUCUUCCUAUUGACUUGAAAUUAGUAACACAUAUUACAGAAAGGUUUCUUUCAUUAUUGGGUCGUUUAGCCCCAUGGCACCUUAAUUUUGUUAAUGUUAGAAUUUUCUGAGGAGAGUCCCUCUGGCUCCCUGGAGCUAUACCGAGCUGAUAUGUUUACCAGCUGAAAUGUUUACCUGGUUAGGCACUCAGUAGAUGCCUACCUUUCUGGGUGCCUAACCUGGUAGAUGGCAGACAUAGAAUGCUUCCAAUCACAUGGGGCCUCUCUGCCUCUCUGAGGGGGUCAGGUUGUAGCUUGUGGUCCCCAGUACCUUACUUUGAGGGAGAUGAUUUUGAAGCUUAGCGUCCCCAUGGCCUGGUCCUCAACCAGGCUUAGACCAAGUAGGCUAGAACUCCAAUCGAAUUGACUGAUGCCGCGGUCUAAUAUAUACAUAUCAGCCCGGUACAGCUCCAGGAAUCCUCCGGGACUCUUCUAUCUUCAAAUGUUAAUCAUGUAAUUUAUUUAUGCUGCUUUGAUGUUAUGAAUGAUAUGUAAUUUUGUACUUGUUUCCUACCAUAUACAGUACCAUAAAGUAUAUGGUAAGUCUAAUGAUUCUUGUCAUAAGAGAGUAAUACAAAACAAAAUUUGCCACAGAAACCAUGCUUGGUGAUUUUUGUAAAAUGUAUUAUUGAGCCUGACCACAAGAUAUUAAUCUGCUUUUCCAAGAGAUUUAUGUACAUAGUGUUAAAAUACCUCUGUGUUAUUUUUAGUACACAUUAUUCUCCCUUAUUUUGUUGUGGACUUCUAUUCACUAUUUAAAUAAUAUAAUUAAUACUAAAUAUGUACAGUACAUACAAGAAUAUUUAGAAGAAUGAGAGCUGCCAGUUCAUAUUCAGAUAACAAAUUUUAUUUAUUGGGAGUGAUUGUAUUUGUACAGUGUAACCUUGUUCAGUGAGUUGGAAUCUAGUGUUGUCCAGCAGAGAGAGAGAGAGAGCCCUGUAACCUAAUACCCCAUAACUGAUGAGCCUGUUGGUCACCCAGAUGGGAUCACACACACACUGCCUCCCCUUGAAGAAUGGGAGGCGUUUGUGUGGGACUACACGUGCAUAUCAACCAUGGCUAACACCUAUAUUGACUUCAGUUUUACACAAUCAGGUAGUGCUGCCACCCACAAAGAAUCAGGCAAGUCUCGUAAGUACAGAGAUUUAUAUCACGGUUGCAAUUUUGUCACUAUUGCUUCAGAAACACUUGGUGCCUAGGGUAAAAGCACAUGUUAUGAAGAAUCAGUUCUAAGCUAAUCAAAACAGCAAGAAACCCUAGAGCUGCUAACUUUCAUUUUCAAGCAUCUCAACGUGGCAAUACAGAGAAGAAAGGCACACUGCAAUCAGUGUUCCUGUCUGCCAUUUGAGGAGCUGGCCUUGCUUAAGUUCUACUCUCAGCUCCAGGCCUCACACAAUCACCCUCGUCUCGCCUAUCACAGCACAUCAUUAUACAGUAUUUCUAACACAGGACUGCUGUAACCAAAACUAUAUUAAAUAAAAAUAAAAAAAAUUAUACUCCUAGUGGUGUAAAAGGAGGAGCUUAAAUGUAUGAAAUAUUAAGAAAAUAGAUUAGUUAUUCAUUUGCUUUAGAAAGGGGUGAGGCUUGAGAAAGUCUUUGUAGCUGUGGAAUGAUCAUCUAUUUUAUGCUAUUAUGCGAAAGUAAAGAUGGGAGAAUAUUUUUGUUAAUUUUCCCGAGAUUGGCAGAUAAUGAUGUUACUGUAUUUCCUAAAAAAAAAAAUUUAAAUUUUGGUUUUUAACUUGAUUUGUCUCAGACAUGUGUCUUUAUUCUGUGAUCAUGUGGCAUAACAUCGCGUUACUCAAAGAUUUCUUAUUCGUUUUCUUUCAAUAUUUCAUUGUUUGAUAGGUGAUGAGGUGAUUAUCUAAAAAAGUAGUCAGAUUAAUUUAAUUUAGAGAAAUGAGUAAACUGGAGCAAGAGGAAGUUGAUAUAGGAGCAUAGUAUCAGCACUAGUGCAAUUUCUGAUUGUAAUGGUGCCCUAAAAUUCAGAUUUUGGAAUUCAGUGCCAAGUGAAGGAGAAUUGGUGGCAAUAGCUCCAAGUUACCAAUUCUCAAUAAAGUAUGAGAGUUAGAUGAGGCUGUUUUUAAGUGGUUUAUAUCUACAAAGAUUAACAAGAGCUAACCUGGUUAUAUCCUUAGUACUGUACAAAGUAUUUUUGUAUUACUCUUUUUAGCUUUCUGUUUUUUACUCCACUAUACUUUUAAUGUGUUAUUUAUAUGUUUUUCUGUAUGCACAAAGAUGUGUUCUAUCACUUUUGGUAAGUAAUACAAAUUAAAUUUGGAGUAAAUGGCAAACAUUUGAAGUAAUUCUCAGAGAGCUGGAAUAGGUGUGAUCCCAAUUAAUGCGCCCAAGCAAGGUUACACUGUAUUGUAUACAACAAUCCAUGAAGAGCACUGUACACCUGGUCUUAUGAAAUGGUAAAUUGCUGCUAUGGAUGGCUACUGGAGUGUAGUAGUGCUCUUUUCUCUAUCACAUGUAUACUGUCAAUGAUAAAGUUAACAGAUAAAUGAAUAUUUUUUAAUAUGUAUAAUCUUUUACUAUAUUAUUCCCGACUUUUUUUCUCUGGUCUGAUGCAUUCCCUUUCCUUGAGAAUAUGAGGUGGGUUAAUGGUAAUGGUGUGUGUAUGGGAAGCCAGACGUCUUGUAUUUCAUAGGCUAUAGUAUUCAUAUACAGUAUUUUGAUUAUUUGCCUAUGCUAAGAAACCAGAACAUUUUCUCAAGCACCACUUAUUAGUAAUACUUUUCAAGUAUUCUCUGAAAUUCUGUUGUAAUUAUAAAACAAUGUCUUCAAAACAAGAUAUGAAGACAAGCAUUAGAGGUACCGUAAUGCAGAUUUAUAGCCACAGUUCUGGCCCGAGUGUAGCCAUAGUUGGUCAGCUUCAAGUGUCUACGUUAGCUGUAUUCUGCCAGUAAAUAUAAAGAGGCGCAUCUAUACUUUUUUGUAAAGGAAUGUACUGUAUAUUAGAUAAAGAGGCAGAGACAAGGUUUUAUAUUUUCAGGCAAAUAAAGUUGUUGAUGAGCAAAGCUGUGAGAAUAUUACAUGUUGUAUUUUACAUUGAUGUAUUUACCUCUAACAAAAACAUUAAAAUAACUGUUUUAUGUGAAUAUUUCAGCUAAAGGAUUAAUCUCAAAAAAUGCAUAUAUCUGUACUGUAUAGUAGUAUUUUUUUUUUUUUUUUUAGUUUUUCAGCUUAUUAAUUAAAAUAUAUAUAUAUAUAUAUAUAUAUAUUGCAUAUUUUAUAUACUGUACUUUCAUAAAAUUUUAUUUGAAUUGUAUGCAUGUAUAAGUGCUUGUAUAAAUGCAUGUUUUUAUGUGAUAAUACUGGAUGUGGAUUUAAGUUGGUCAUGCCAGUGCCAACAAUUGUCAUGUUGACAAUAAUUACUGGGUACAUAUUCUCCAUUUUAACCCAAAUACUAGCUGUUGAUCAUUUAUUCUGUUUGUUUUCAAGGAAGGCUCUCUCAUUAGCUCCUCAGUACUUACGCAGUACUUAAUAUCACUGAGCCUAAGGAUUGCACCAGGUCUCUGAAACUUGCAUUUACCUAUCAGAAAUCAGGACCAGAAUCUGGCUCUCUCAAAGAAGUGAGGAGAGUUUAGAAAUCAAAGAUCGACCCAGACCUGAUGAAAACUGACCAGAAAAUCAAGGUGAAACAAAACAGAUCACUGCUUGGAAGAAAGAAAUAAUAACGGGGAAAAUAAGGUAGAUAAUUGUUUGCUGUGGGUAAAUAUCCCUAGUCCUACACAAUGACAUCACAAGAACGUGAUAUCUCUUAAGAAAAUAUUGAGGCUGUACGAUGGGAUUGAACCUGCUUGCGUGGACUCCCCAGCUGUGCGCACACUACUGACUGAACCAUGAUGAUAUCAGAAGUAUCACACACAGAAGUUCUACCCGACAUACUUGGAGUUUGGAAGGCACCAUCCAGCACCACAAUCCAAGUUUUACAAGAUAACCACCCAAAUUUGGGUGUUGAUAGUGAUAUUCCACAUCUCUCACCCCAUCAUUGUUACAUGUCCACACUUAGGUGUUAGUAGUGACAUUCUCCAUCUCUCGCCCCAUGAAUGUUAUCUGCUCAUACUUGGAUGUUGAUAGUAAUGUUCCCCGCUGUCUCACCCACAUCAGUGCACAAUGAAAUCACAAGAACAUGAUGUAUCUAUGAGAAAAUAUUGAGGUCAUACGAUGGGAUCAUACCUGCAUCCCUAGACUUUAGACGUACGCUUUGUAUUUUAUUUUGUUUAAGCUUUUUGGUUGGUUGUGCUAAUUUUUUGUUGAUGUCGGAUCCCCAAGCCUCCCUGCUUCAUUGACAGCUCCACAUUCUGGUCCUGGCUACUGGUCGGACAGCAUGGGCCUUAAUCCUCACACGGUCUGUAGCACCUGAAACUAGUGCUAACUGUAGCACUGAAACCACCAUUUAAGCACUGGGAAACUACUGAGGGGCCCUCCAAGACAGGAUGUUUUAUUAUGUUGAACACAUUUAAUAAACAGAUGGUGUAAUCAGCUAAUUGUCCAAUGAUAUAGUACUGUAAUGCAACUAAAUUUUUCAAAAAGUGAUUCAAUUCAUACAGGAAAUAUGAAGUGACUUGUCCAUAAAUGUGGUAACACCAUUUUCAGUAAGAAAUACAGAUCUCACUUAGUCUUGCUGGAUAGUUCACUGUUUAAACCAUCAACAUUUAUUAAAAGUUCCUUAACAACAAAUAAUUAAUAGACAAGAGAUAUUUUAUACUUUUGAAUAUUUUACAGUACAUGUUCCUGUAUUCUAUCUGCUUUCAUUGCAUUGUUCACCUUUUUCUCCUGGUUAGUGCCUCCCCAUCCCAUCACAGUGAGAAACGGAGUAGUGUACAAUACUCUACUUGUAUGUAAACCGUAGAAGAAUUAAUUGUUGUCCACUGGACAAUUGUCAGCACUGGCAUGACCAACUUCAAGCAUAUUCUCAUGUGAAAGUUGCAUUUACACAUAUGGUUCUGCAUGCUUGUAAUUAUAUUAUUAAGUUUUGAAUAUUGUUAAAACAAUUUAAAAUAUAUGUUAGAAACUGAGAAAAAUCAUCUAUACUAUUCACAUUUUUAGAGGAUUAGCCCCACAACAAAAUGCUUGUGGCUGCAUGUCACAUGCAAAGUGUCUAUACAGAGUGUUGUCAAGGUUUAUUGAUUUUCUAUCACUUAAAUCUCAUGGAUGCUGCCCUGGUUAACAAGAAAUAUAAUCUGAAAAAAGAACAAAAAAUUGCUUUCCAAGAUUUUCACAGAAUUUUUAAUUAAGGUGUUUCUGGUAUGGCCUAACUUUUUGACUGUGGGUGUGAUGAUGAUUUGAGACAUCAAAGAUACUUGGCACACCACUUAAGAUCAAUGUAUAACUGUGUGUACAAAAUAGCUUCACUAUUUUCAUAAGAAUUCUUGAAUAAGUAUUUACUUUAAUAGGAUACAUUAUAGUAAACAGAACUUUUUGUCCACUUUAAGUAAUUUAUUUUUCAAGAUAGCAAUUUAGUCAUUAAUAUAAAUAAUAUCAAAUACAGUAAAUGGUUUAAAGUUUCAUUCAAAUUUUUAACAUGAAAAAUGUUCAAUUUUUUACUUUUUUUUUUUUUUACGGGAAAUUAUUGUUUGUGAAAAUCCACAUUUUUAUUUUGUGUAUGAAUGUAUGUUUUAUAUCUUUUAUUAGUUUUGUAAAUAUGAAAGUAUAUUUAUGUACUUGGAUAAUUCAUGACGUAUUAUUUCCUGCUUCCGGUAAACUUCCAUUGAAGGGUCAUGCCAUCCAUAACAGACAAUGUACCCUUCACUUUGUACACAUGUUUUUUAGCUUAUAUACCUACAGGCUUUGAUGAUAUUUCCUCAUUGCCUGAUUGAAGUUUAUGUUGGACACUACAUUACUUAAUAUGGUUGGUGUUCAACCAAGAAUAUAAAAGGGAAGUAUGGAAUAUAAGCUUUUUUCUUUUGUAGAAGUACAGUAGUAUUUUAUUAAUGAUUUUGUAUAUUUUUUGUCUAGAUAUUUUAGUGCAUUGUGUAUUACAGAAAACUCAAAUUUUAUAGAAAACAUUGAUACAUAUUUUGUUAUUUUUAUCAACCUUUGAUUAAAAAAGGUUAGACAUUUUGGUGGUGUUGGGAUUUAAAGCAGAGUACAGUAUAGUACUUAGAAAAUAAUGAUUUGUUGUGCAGAGUAGUUCUGCUUAAUAGACCUGAAUACCCAAUUAAUCUUCCCCAUUAUAUGGGUGACUUAUUUAACUAUGCCAUAGACAAUAAAUAUUUGUAAAUUUCUGUAAUAAAAUGUAGUUAAAACUUUA